GGAAGGGAGCGGAGAGGGAGGCCAGGCCCCGAGGGGGGAGGGUCCCUCUCGCCCUCCCGGAGCCCAGAGGCGCCCAGGGAGACCCUGGCGGUGGCGGCCACCACCAGCCUCCACCUCCUCCUCCUCCUCCCGAGCUCCGCGGCGGUGGCAUGUCCGAGGCCGGCGGGGCCGGGCCGGCCGGGGGCGGCGGCGGCGGGGCCGGGGGGCAGCAGCAGCAGCAGCCGCCGCCCCCUCCCCCGCAGCCGCCGCCGCCGCCCGUGCCUCUGCCUCCUCCUCCGCCGCCGCCGCCCCCGCAGGGAUCCCCGGCCGCUGGGGGCGGACCGGCCCGGGCCGCGGCUUCCGCGGCCGCCGCCGCUGCUGCUCCUGCUGCGGCCGCCCCUGCCCCCGUCCGGCCGGCCGGCCCCGGCCCCGCCGCCUCCUCCGGGCCGGCCGCCGCCGAGAGCCCGGGGGUCGGCAGCGGCGCUUCUACGGCCCGGAUCGCGGUGAAGAAGGCGCAACUCCGCUCCGCACCCCGGGCCAAGAAACUGGAGAAACUCGGCGUCUACUCCUCCUGCAAGGCCGAGGAAUCUUGUAAAUGUAAUGGCUGGAAAAACCCCAAUCCCCCGCCCACUCCUCCCCGGGCAGACGUGCAGCAGAUAAUUGUCAGUCUCACUGAGUCCUGCCGUAGUUGUAGCCACGCUCUCGCUGCUCAUGUGUCUCACCUGGAGAAUGUGUCAGAGGAAGAAAUGAAUCGGCUCCUUGGCAUAGUGUUGGAUGUGGAAUAUCUCUUCACUUGUGUUCACAAAGAAGAAGAUGCAGAUACCAAACAAGUUUAUUUCUAUCUGUUUAAGCUUUUGAGAAAAUGCAUUUUACAAAUGGGGAAACCAGUAGUCGAAGGAUCCUUGGAGAGCCCUCCAUUUGAGAAGCCUAGUAUUGAACAGGGUGUGAAUAAUUUUGUACAUUACAAGUUUAGCCACCUACCCUCCAAAGAGAGACAGACGAUAGUAGAACUGGCCAAGAUGUUUCUAAAUCGCAUCAACUAUUGGCACCUGGAGACGCCAUCUCAGCGAAGAUUACGAUCUCCAAACGAUGAUGUUGCAGGAUACAAAGUGAACUACACCAGGUGGCUGUGCUACUGUCACGUGCCUCAGUUCUGCGACAGUCUCCCUCGGUAUGAGACCACUCAGGUGUUCGGGAGAACGCUGCUGCGCUCCGUCUUCACUGUGAUGAGACGGCAGCUCCUGGAACAAGCCCGGCAGGAGAAGGACAAGCUACCCCUGGAGAAGCGGACGCUCAUCCUCACCCAUUUCCCAAAGUUUCUUUCCAUGUUAGAAGAAGAAGUUUAUAGCCAGAGUUCGCCUAUCUGGGAUCCAGACUUUCUGGCUGCCUCUUCUCAUGCUGGUCAGCUAGGAAUCCAAACAGUCAUCAAUCCUCCUCCUGUGGCUAGGACUGUGUCAUACAACGGGAGCCCUUCCUCUCUGGAGCAGCCCAUUGGAGGAAGCUUGAGUCCUGUCUGUAAAGUCUCUUCUGGACUGGAAGGGAACCGAGGAGAGAAGAGAAAAAUGAACGACCUUCAUUCCCUGGAGGAGGCCAAGAGACCCAGAGUUGUAGGGGAUAUUCCCAUUGAGUUGAUCAAUGAAGUCAUGUCUACCAUUACAGACCCUGCCGCAAUGCUGGGACCAGAGACCAACUUUCUAUCAGCACAUUCAGCCCGGGAUGAAGCCGCCAGGCUGGAAGAGCGCCGGGGUGUGAUAGAAUUCCAUGUGGUUGGCAACUCUCUGAAUCAGAAGCCUAACAAAAAGAUCAUGAUGUGGCUGGUUGGCUUACAGAAUGUCUUCUCUCAUCAGCUCCCUAGAAUGCCCAAAGAGUAUAUCACACGCCUCGUCUUUGACCCUAAGCACAAGACUCUUGCUCUGAUUAAAGAUGGCCGUGUGAUUGGUGGGAUCUGUUUCCGAAUGUUCCCAUCACAAGGAUUCACGGAGAUUGUCUUCUGUGCCGUAACUUCCAAUGAGCAAGUCAAGGGCUAUGGAACUCACCUCAUGAAUCACCUGAAAGAAUACCAUAUAAAACAUAGCAUCCUGAACUUUCUUACGUAUGCUGACGAAUAUGCAAUUGGAUACUUCAAGAAACAAGGUUUCUCCAAAGAUAUCAAAGUACCCAAAACCAAAUACGUUGGCUACAUCAAGGACUAUGAAGGAGCCACACUGAUGGGCUGUGAAUUAAACCCCCGGAUCCCAUACACAGAAUUUUCUGUCAUCAUCAAAAAACAGAAAGAGAUAAUUAAGAAGCUGAUAGAAAGGAAGCAAGCCCAGAUUCGAAAGGUCUACCCUGGACUUUCGUGUUUUAAAGACGGAGUACGCCAGAUUCCAAUAGAAAGCAUUCCUGGCAUUAGAGAGACAGGCUGGAAACCAAGUGGAAAAGAAAGAGGCAAAGAGCCCAAAGAUCCUGAUCAGCUUUACAGCACAUUAAAGAACAUCCUGCAGCAGGUGAAGAGCCAUCAAAGCGCUUGGCCCUUCAUGGAACCCGUGAAGAGAACGGAAGCUCCCGGAUAUUAUGAAGUUAUAAGGUUCCCUAUGGAUUUGAAAACCAUGAGUGAACGGCUCAAGAAUAGGUACUACGUAUCUAAGAAAUUAUUCAUGGCAGACUUACAGCGGGUAUUUACCAAUUGCAAAGAGUACAACCCCCCUGAGAGCGAAUACUACAAAUGUGCCAAUAUCCUGGAGAAAUUCUUCUUCACCAAAAUUAAGGAAGCUGGAUUAAUUGACAAGUGAAAACUUUUUUUUUUUCUUCUCCCUUGUAGCAUUUAAAUGUCACCAGGCCUGAUGAAUGGAGUUCAGUUUCAAAGAACCAGGACAAUGUAUUGAAGAUACUUAUACAUGUUUUAAACUAGCACUUUUCCAAAAAAACAAAACAACAAAAACAAACUACUCUUAUAGCUUUUCAGAUGUGUAUUUAAAUGGAAGUUACAGAACAUUUUUAUUUUAUGAAAUAGAUUUUACUCUUUACUAUUAAUGUACAUUUUCUACGGUGUGUAAAAUUUAGGAGUAUGUUCCGUGGUAGGUAAUCAGGGAUUUCCUCCAGGCCUACAUGGGAGGAGAUUGCACAUAGUACCAAGUUUUGGGGGCUUUGGAAAAAUUUCCAGACCAUGAAUGUCUUUAGUUUGUUUUCUAAUGGAGUGACAGAGUUUAUUUUUAUUUUGUUCAGGAGAACAUUAAGGAAGGGAAGAGUAAUUAAAAG